AUGACGACAAGCUACUUCCACGACCGCGCUGCUCCAGCGUCCCAGAAUGGCGUUUCUCCUUCGUCGCCGUCGGGGACGCCCGCUUCAAAGGGUGCGAAUGCGCUAGCCAGCCGCAUCACAAGUGUGCUCUCCGCUUCCUAUGCAGAUCUUGAGAUUCGAGAUGCCUUGGAAACUCUAGAUGCACGUGGAGUACAAAACUCUGCAGAGACGCGUCGUCAACUGCGCCUUGAUGUACAAAAAGAAGUCAUACAGUGCAAUGGCGAGAUCAUUAAGGACUUUGGUCAGGUUGCCGAGCAAUUGAAGCGUAUCGGAACAGCAAUCAGCAGUCUGAACAACUACUGCGCUGAUAUGCGUGGUCAUAUUGCGGCUGCAAACAAAGAGACUGACCCUGUCUUGGAAGAGGCCACCAGUCUCAUAAGCCAGAAGAAACAGGUCGAAUCCAAACAGCAAAUGCUCAAUGCAUUCACUGCUCACUUCCUCAUCACGGAUGAUGAUGUAACUGUAUUGACUUCUACCGCGGAGCCUGUCAACGAGGAAUUCUUCCAGAUUUUGACUCGUGUGAAAAAGAUACAUCAUGACUGCCAGGUACUUCUCGGAACUGAAGAUCAGCGACUGGGCCUGGAGGUGCUAGAAAGAAGCUCCAAACAACUCAACUCUGCUUUCCAGAAGCUUUAUCGGUGGAUCCAACGCGAAUUCAAAACGCUAGAUCUGGAGAACCCACAGAUCAGCGCAUCGGUCCGGCGAUCUCUGCGUGUACUGGCUGAACGGCCUGCCCUGUUCCAAAGCUGUCUGGAUUCGUUUGCUGAAGCUCGCGAGUCGAUUCUGUCAGACGCCUUCCAUGCAGCAUUGACCGGUUCAACAUCAGAAAACCACAUAGCCACCAAGCCCAUCGAGUUUUACGCUCACGAUCCGCUGCGCUAUGUGGGAGAUAUGCUUGCAUGGGCUCACUCUACGACAGUAUCUGAAAGAGAGGCACUCGAAAAUCUUUUCAUCUCGGAUGGUGAAGAAAUCAAGCGUUCCAUCCAGGCUGGCUUGGAAAGUGAGCCUUGGCUACGAGGUGACCAAGAUGCCGAGGUGUUUGACGGGCGAAAGGCUCUCAAUCAACUUGUCAGCCGUGAUCUUGCAGGUGUAGCUCGUUUGUUGAGACAGCGAACAGAACAAGUCAUCCAAAGUCAUGAUGAUGCGACCCUAGCAUACAAAAUUGCCAAUCUGAUUGGUUUCUACAAGGGAACGUUUGCAAAGCUGCUCGGGACCGAUUCGGAAGUUCUGGAUGUCUUUGACACAUUAGAAGCUUCGGCGAUGCGGCAAUUCCGUGCGAACAUGAGAGACUACGUCGCUAACGUACAAAGCGAUCUUGCUGUGGCGCCAGCAGAUCUCUCUCCUCCUGAAUUCCUGGAAGAGGCAUUGCAGAUACUCAAAGUACUUGCGAAAAGUUACGACACAUCACUCGCUGCAACGGAUGAUGAUGGUCAGGGCUUCCAGGCUGUACUAUCAGAAGCUCUCGAUCCCUUCUUGAGCAGUUGUGAGAACCUACAGAAAGUCAUGAAAGAGCCUGAUAACUCCAUCUUCGCCGUCAACUGCUUGUUUGCGGCCAAAGAAGUUCUCUCGCAAUAUGCUUUCACCAAGGAGCGAGUCAGCGACAUAAAAGACACAAUCCAAGAGACUGUAGCCAAAUUAACAGACUACCAACAUCAAUACUUGGUCAACGAGUCUGGCCUAAUUACUCUGCUUGAGGCGCUUGCAUCAAUCAGCGACUCUGCCGAAAGCCUCAAGACAGUGCCCCAGUUGGAAGCAUUCAAAGCAGAUGCACUAGUCUCUGCUAGUCAACAGCUGGAUGAGUUCCUACCAUCUGCCCUCAUCGAUGCAGCAGAAAACAUCAAGCAGCUACGCAAUAGAAAGAUGAUACAAGAUAUUACCGAAGAAGCUGCUGGCAAGUUCUGUGAGGAUUUUGAGUUGGUAGAGGGCAAGAUAAUAGCUGCGGAUGAGUUGAUGGACGACGAGGAAGAUGAAGAUGAGGAGCCGAAACCUAGGUUGAGGGAUUUGUUCCCUCGUACCAGCGGUGAAAUACGGGUGCUGCUGAGCUAG